UCUUUCUAGGUCAGCCCAUGAUGGCUUUCGCCUUUCGGUGUUUAGCAGAUUGCCGUGUAUUUUGCAAGAAGUUUUAGUUGGGGGAAUGUCCAUACUUUAGAUAAGAAUACAACUGGGAGAGUUCAGAUUAUAUUAUUGAACAGGUUAAAAUAUCAUUUUCAAACGUCUAAAAAUGUUUAUUCAAAAGUAGACCUCAGCAAAGAAAAUUUUGUAUUUACACCACUGCGUGCUUUUGAGUCUUUUCAAAAUGAGUCAUUUAAUCAAGAUAAACCCAGGUGUCACCAAGUGGGACAUUAGACAGAAAAUCUGGGAUUAUAUUGAAGACAAUAAUUUAGCAGACUUUCCUCGACCAGUGCAUCACCGAAUACCAAACUUCAAGGGGUCUUACCUAGCCUGUGAUAGUGUUAAAGGACUUGAUGUAUUCAGAAAAUCCAGGGAAGUAAAAGUGGAUCCUGAUAAACCUCUAGAAGGUGUCCGAUUAGCUGCAUUACAGGCAGGAAAAACCCUCUUAGUCCCAACUCCACGCUUGAGGACUGGGUUAUUCAAUAGGAUUGUACCACCAACAGGUGCAACCAAGGAUGUCCUAAGAAUUUGCUCAACAUCUAAGGGUGUGAAGGACUACAGUGUUCCUGUUGGUUUGGAUGCCAAGGUUAACGUAGAUUUAGUAAUUGUUGGAUCUGUAGCAGUAUCUGAAAAGGGGUGGAGACUUGGAAAAGGAGAGGGAUUUGCUGACAUGGAAUAUGCUAUGAUAGCUGCCAUGGGAGCUGUGAAUGAUUCUACAGUUGUUGUAACUGUAGUACAUGACUGUCAGGUUGUUGAUAUACCAGACGAACUGAUUGAUAGUCAUGAUUUAACAGUGGAUUAUAUUCUUACACCUACUAAAGUUAUUAAAACUGAAUGUAGGCAUCCUAAGCCUCAAGGUAUUUUUUGGUUCAAGAUAGAUGCACACGUGUUAGACAAAAUUCCUGUUCUGAGAAAACUUCGCCAUAUGGAGAAACAGGCUGGAAAAGAUGUCACAUUAAAGAAUGAAUUACCUAAUGCUACUGUAAAACAGGAUAAAGCAGCUGGAAGUCAGAAGCAUUUACCUCAGAGUUUGGCAAAAGGCUGUAAAAAUAAUAAUGACUUGCAGUCACAAGCUGCAAUAGCAGAUGAAAUCACAACUGUGUAUGUUGGCAACAUCGCUCCUAGUCUAAGAGUCAGUGAAUUUAAGGUGUUUUUGAAAGAACAUAAAGCCACACCUCAGCGUCUCAACUGGCAAGGAGCUCAGGGCAGAGCUUUUCUUGAUUACAAGAACAAGGCAUUAGCCCAGAACACCGUGGAUGCUCUCAGGGGGCUUAUGAUCAAUGGGAGCAGUAUCUGGGUAGAUUUUGCCAAAGCUCAAAGAGGCAAUCCAAAAACACUUAGCUUUCAGAAAACCCAGAGACAAUAAUUGCAGAAAACAACUAAUAAAGAAAAAUACUGCCUCAGGGACUAUGGAUUGUUUUUUUAACAAAUAUGCCUGAUAAUUCUCUUUGAGUUUACCAAUGCACAUAAUGACAUAUUGAAAAUGGGAACACACUUUUCUUAUGCAGCAUUAAGUAACUUAAAACAUGCAUUUUCUUAGAAAAAAUUGUCAUCAUUUUCUUCCAAAACUGAAUAAAUGCUGAAUAUUUGUUUAAGUAAAGGGAAAUUAAAUAUUUUAAAUUGAAAA